GCAGGCUUCUAUUCUUUAGUGUUUGGGCUACCACGUGGAGCAAGAAAGAUCUUUUUAAUCAGGAAACUAAUCCUGCAGUGUGAGUCACACUGGGUAAAGCAGAUUCUUAAGCACUGAGAGAACAGGACAGAAAUAUGGAGUUUAGACAAAAAUGGUAAAUGUGUAUGUAUGUAGAUACAUCCACUCACUUUUGUGCUUGAAGCAGUGGUGAUUUGUGCUUUUCCACCAAAGUGGUGAUGCUGAGACCUUGACUGCACCUGAGUUUCCUGCCAAGCACCAGGCUGUCUUUUCAGCAGGACAAAGAUCCUGCAGGUUUGGAAUGGUAUCUGCCCAUCUCCAGUGGCAGCAGGCGCAUGGGUGCGUAUCCAAAUGUAUCCAAGACUCAGCUUCUGAUGCAGGCCCUGUAACACAGGUGUCGAUAGGUGUGUGGCGGGGCCCUGUGUAGUCACUGGUGAUGCUUGGUGGAUCUCAGACUGAGAAGACUACAUAAAAAACCCAAGUACUUCUUUCUGUGUCAGAGGUUUAAGAUUAUUAAAAUCUACUUAUGUCUGAUGGAGUUAUUAUUUAUUUUAGAAAGCUGCAGCUGAUGGCAAGUUUUUAUUUUCUACUUGUGAUUGCUCUUCACAGAUUCAAUGGUAUACAGGAUUUCUUACUCAUGUAAAACAGUAAAAUGUUGCCUAAUGCUUUUCACUCUCUAUGUUUUCCUAUGCAGUUGUAGAACCCUUGGCUGUGUAAUUAAUAUCCUAUUUACUGUACGUUUUGGUGCAUUAUAAUCAGGGUCAAUGUGUGUUGGAAUGAUAUGACACAGUGUUUCUGAUAAGCAAGGUAAUGAAGAGGCACCAGUUAGCUGUGGAUAGACAGAUAAACUGUACAGUCAUGUCAUAAAAACUAUUCACUCAGCAUUUGUAGAAAUGAAUGCAACCACUGACUUACAGGCAGGACCAUAAUUAGCAACAGUUGUUGCUAACUGAGGGUGAUAUUUUCUCUUUUGUAUUCAGAUUAUGUUGUCAAAAUCACACAAACCAUACUUUCUUAUUGUAAAAGCACAACUAAAUUUUUACCAGAAUUGUUCUGAUUGCUCUUUAAAAUGGAGUUUUGGCAAAGAAUUGUCUGAAUGUACCUCAUGUUAAACACACUUAGAAAGCAGUGUGACUUGAAGAAAAUAUCACUAGAACGCACUGAACCUUAUUUACAUGGGAAAUGAAGUGUGAGUGCAGUCAUGUGAUGGCAACAGUGUGAGUAUUGCAGCUUUUGUUUUCACCACUGAGAAAAUUGAAAUCGUCUGUAGGAUUUCUGCUUGUUUGUUUUUAUCUUGUUUUGUUUUUAGGACAUCCUUAAGCUUUUUUUUCUCCCAUUCUGUAGUGUAUGAAACUAAUAUGUUUGUGAAGGGGGAAUUCCAGUCCCACUUUUUUAGCAAUUAGGGCAACGGAACACAGAAAUUAAGGCAAAUAUAUGCUCCAGCUUCAACACAAACAGCCCAUACUGCAUGAAAUAGGUUUAUACCAACUUUCUGUCUGUGCCACAGCUCCUCUUUGUGCAAAGGUGUGGGCUAUGAUGGGAGCUGCAGAGAUCAUGGUGUGCAAGGCCCUGGGCACACCUACUCCCUUUGCCCUGGGAUACAUUUUGGGGGCACCUGCAGCCAGGUUGCAGGUAUGGCUUUGGGGGAGACCAUAAGCACCAAGGAGACGGGCUGAGGGCAUCCAAGACAACUGAUCUAGCAACUGAUUUAGCUGUUGGCAACCCUGCCCCUGGCAAGUAGUUUGGAACCAGAUGAUCUUUGAGGUCUCUUCCAACCCAAGCUGUUCUAAGAUUCUGUGAGUGCCAAGCACCUCAACCUGCCUCUUGGAACAGAGGGAAGAUCCAUGAUUCAUUUAUUUAGGAAAGAGGUGGGUGACAGAUAAAGCUGCGUGAUGCACUGUGACAUCUGGCAAAAAAAAAAAAGAAAAAAAGCUAGGAACAUUUCAGCCUAGCAGUAUAACACCUUUUCUUUUCCCUCCUUUCAGUGGUGAUCAUGGCAGUGAUUGUCACUGAGUAACUGCCCUGAAGGCAUGGUGGAUUUCCAGUGGCUUUACAUUAAUGUCUGAUGACCAAGAAAACCCCUUCCUAGUAGCACUGGAAAGCUUUUACCACUCAGCACAUCUUUCCUUUCCUAGUAUAUGACAAGGUAGUAGCCUCAAGCUGAGCCAGAUCUUUGUUUUCAGCUUAAAAAUUCUCAAGGCAUCGGGAGCUCAGAAGCAUGUCAGGGAAGCCCAGGCUCACCUAUAUCAAUGGAAGAGGGCGAAUGGAGACCAUCCGAUGGCUGCUAGCUGCAGCUGGAGUGGAGUUUGAAGAAAUUUUUCUGCAAACAAGAGAGCAGUUACUGAAGUUAGGCGAAGAUGGAUCCCUGAUGUUCUAUCAAUUGCCACUGGUUGAGAUCGAUGGGAUGAAGUUGGUGCAGUGCAGAGCCAUCCUCAGCUACAUAGCAGGGAAAUACAAUCUCUAUGGGAAGGACUUGAAGGAGAGAGCCUUGAUUGACAUGUAUGUGGAAGGAAUAUCAGAUCUGAUGCACUUGAUUCUGAUGUUUCCUUUCUCUCCACCUGAGGCAAAGGAGAAAAAUAUUGCUACAAUUGCAGAGAAGGCAACAGAGAGGUACUUCCCUGUCUUUGAAAAGGUUUUGAAACAGCAUGGCCAAGACUUUCUGGUGGGAAACAAAUUCAGCUGGGCAGAUGUUCAGCUCAUGGAAGCCAUUUUAGCAGUGGAGGAGAAAGUACCUUCUGUGCUUUCUGGGUUUCCUCAGCUGCAGGCUUUUAAAACCAGAAUGAGCAACAUGCCUACAAUUAAGAAGUUCCUGCAGCCUGGCAGCCCAAGGAAGCCCCCAUCAGAUGAAAAUUAUGUAGCAACUGUGAUGAAAAUUUUUAAGCUAGAUUGAGAGCAAUGUUAACUUCACUAAGUCCCAAAGUGCUGGGAAGAAAGACAUCAAAACCCAAACCCUUGAAGGAAGUAGGAAACUCAGUAAAGUUUUUUUUGGUACUUAAAAGCAAUGGUAGAAAUAAAUAGAAGAGUGAAAUAAAGCAUUCUGUUUACUCUGGCAA